GUAUGGUAACGCAAUGCUUGUGGGCAGCAGUCGAUUUGUGAAUUAAGAAACAAUUAUUCUGCACAGGAUAGCAAAAAAAUGCAGCUUCAGAAGCUGAAAAUUUUGAUGAUUGGACCAUGUGAAAGUGGCAAAUCAACAAUUGCAAAUUUAAUAUCGGAAUCAGUAAAUAAUGAAGACUCUGAACCACGACCGACGCAGGGCGUAAGAAUUGUGGAAUUCGAAGUACCAAAUAUAAAUAUAAAUGGCAAGCAAAUUAAAGUUGACAUCGAACUGUGGGAUUGCAGCGGUGACCACAAAUUCGAGUCUUGCUGGCCGGCCCUUCGUCUUGGAGUUAAAGGUGUAAUCCUCGUUGGUUCAUCAAAUACAGCCAAUAUUGCUUCAAGAGAACUAGAGCUUUUAUAUAACUACUUUGUUUCCCAGCCCAAGUUAUCAAUGAAACAAUGUGUAGUAUUUUAUAAUUGCUUCGAUGAUCAAGACGAUAUUGAUAUUUUAAAUCUAUCUCCUACAUUUUCAAGAGUGUCUCAAGUGGCGACAAAUGUGAAAACAAAAAGUGAUCGUUUAAAAAACGAUUUUACCAAUUUUAUUGUUUCUGUUGUGCAGUCUGUGAAUAAAAUUGAAGAUUGAACUGAUGGCCCUGUUUCUCUACUUUUCAACACCUAAAACUUAGUGUUGUUUACUCACC